CGGACAUCCCCGGGGAUGCUGCCGGGAGCGGCGCGGGUGGCACCUGGCAGCGCCACCUGCCCCAGGGGUUCUCCCGGCCCAGGUGGUCCCUGGCCAGCCCCACGGGCACGUUUUGCUCCUCCUCAGCCAGCCCAGCCCCUCGUGGCAGCUCCCGGGGUUUCCUUUCUCCUCCUUUUCUCCUUUCCCAGCCGUGUCCGGGCGGGCUGGGGAGCGGCGGUGCCGCCCCGGCCGGGUGUGUCCAGGCCGGGCUAUAAAUGCCAGGGCCUGGCUCCGGCUCCCCUUCCUCCCUCCCGUCCUCCCGUGCCCCGUCCGAGCUCUCGGCUUGCCGCUGUCGCCAUGGAGUGUCCCCUGGAGCAGGCGCUGGCCGUGAUGGUCGCCACCUUCCACAAGUACUCGGGCAAGGAGGGCGACAAGUACAAGCUGAGCAAGGCGGAGCUGAAGGAGCUGCUCCUGAAGGAGCUGCCGAGCUUCAGCGUAAGCGCCGCAUCCCCCGGGAAUCCCGGGAAUUCCGGGACGCGCAAACCACGAGUUUAA